AUGGAAUCCAGCUCCUUCUCUGCCUUCAGCGACAGCGGCCCGCCAACACCCACAACGACCGUAGUGGGCUUAUUCCCAGGGCAGAGAGUUGGCGCUGUUCUGGCCGUCAAACGUACAGCAGCAAAGUUCAACCCUGAUGGCCCAGAAGUUGGAGAGUUGGUCAGGGUCUGCUCGAAUUUUGAUACCGGCUGUCAUGUUGAGAUCCUGCGCAGUGGCCGAAAAGUCUCGGUUCGCUGGGAAAUAUUCUUUCCGCUGUCGCCGAAAGGAAAAUGCUCCUGCAGGGAAGGCAACUGUCGCUGUGAGCUUGCGUAUCCGGCAAGCCAUUCUUUAAAACCGGAAACCGAAUUCACAGCUCAACCGAUUGAGUCCACUAAACCUCGAGAUUCCCCCGAAGUAUCAGAUCCUUCCACCUUGGCCGGGCAGCUUCCAGGCGCGAUUCUCGUUGUCAAGCAUUUGAUAUCGACCAUUGGCGAAUUCCACUGCAAAGUAGAGGUAGGAGAUCACGUCGAGUAUCUAGAAGGACUCCCGGAAUCUCCCCGAGUGAUUCGUGCGAAGAAUCUGAGAACAGGUGCCGUGGGCCGCAUGCUUUGGCGCUCAUUCUUCCCUCUUGCCGACAGGGAGGUGUGUGCUUGCUUCAAUCUCAAGAAAGGCAUGUGCCCGUGCAUCUAUCUCGAUUUCGAGAGGUCUGUGAAAUUCGUACAAAACGGAAUUUGA